GAUCUCCAGUGCGCUGUGUCCCUCGGACACAGCGGAUCACGGAAAGAGCCAAAGAUGUUGGGUCUGUCAUGUGAUCAGCUGUGUCCAAUCACAGCUGAUCAUAUGGGACAUGUACACUGAUCAUCAGGGCACUGAUGAUUAGUGUGCCCUGAUGAUCAGUGUGGCCCCAGAAGUGCCACCUGUCAGUGCUCAUCAGUGCCACGUGCCAGUGCCCAUCAGUGCCACGUGCCAGUGCCCAUCAAUGCCACAUAUCAGUGCAUACCAGUGGACAUCAAUGCCACAUAUCAGUGCCCAUCUGAGCUGCCUUUCAAUGUCACCCAUCAGUGCCAGUCAGUGCCACCUAUCAAUGCCAAUCAGUGCUGCCAAUCAGUGCCACUCAGUG